GACCGGGGCGACUUCCUGCUGGAGAGGGAACGUCAUUCACUGUGCAAAAUCAGUGCGUGUCUGUGGACGAGACGGAGAGUCAGAGCGCAGAGAGAGAGAGAGAGCUUUGAAGCAUUGCAUUGCAUUACAAGCAAACGUGCAAAUUGCACGCAAUGCAAUCGAAUUUAGACCUGGUGGGGCUUUAGAUAUCGCAGCCCAACAUCGCUGUUGUUCUGGAAGAGGAGAUUACCCCUUUCCCUAACGUGAGUUCAUAGGGGUACAUCUUUCAUCCAAGAUCACAACCCACUGAUGGGCCAUAUAUCCUUCUGGGCGUGAAGUGGUGAGUGCAGUGCAUUGCAAGGUGUGCCCGGUGCAUUCCCAAGGAGAGCUGGAGUGUAGCAGGCCUCACCCAACGGGAUGCUGUUGACGUAGACGGGCCGCGCUUGGGAUUCCGAGAUGGACAAGCCAGAGGACGCGAUAGACGAGGACCCCGGCAGUGGGGAGCUGAACGAGGCGGUGGAGGCCGACCUGCAGCACCUGGAGGAGGAGGCCGGAGGAGGGGCCAGGUUAUGUGACCAUGACGCCAGCGCCAAGCGGGGAUCUCACGGAGGCGGCGAGGAGGAGGGGCUGCUGGCCAGGUCAGCCAGCACCGAGAGCGGCUUCCACAAUCACACGGACCGGGCUGAGGGAGACGUGCUGUGCCCCCAGGCCGAGCCCUUCGGCUCCCGGGAGAGGCUGCCCGAGAGCGAGGAGGACGAGAGGUCCUACGCCGUCCACUGCCGCCCGGAGGCGGAGGAGUACACGGAGCAGGCUGAGUCCGAGCAUGUGGAAGCGGCCGCUGCCUCCCGUGCCCUGCCUGCCGCCCUGUGCUUCGAAGCGGUGGACCACGAAGACCUGGGGAGCUCGGCCUAUGCUGGCUACGUCUACACCCACCGGGCUUAUCACCACGGCGACGAGGACCACUACGCCGAGCCCUACGAUGACUAUUCGGCUCAGGAGCACGUAUAUGAGGAGAUCGUGGAGGCCCCCGAGAUGGAUGAGCGAGAGAACCUGCAGCUGUACAAGCGGGAGAGGGAGGAGGCGGAGAAUUACCGCAAGGAGGCCCUCGGCGCCAGGCUCCAUCACUACGACGAGCGCUCGGACAACGAGUCGGACAGCCCGGAGAAGGAGGCCGAGUUUGCGCCUUACCCCCGCAUGGACAGUUACGAGCAGGAGGAAGACAUUGACCAGAUCGUCGCUGAGGUGAAGGAGAGCAUGAGCUCCCAUAGCCUUGGACAGGCCUCAGAGGACAUGCCCGAGGACGAACAGAACUUGGAGAACGAGGACCCCACUUUGGCCAUGAACUCGCGUUCCGCCUCUUCCACGGGUCUGGGGGAGGUCGUGAGGCACACCAGAGAACAGAGGGACGCCAUAUCAUUAGCCAUUAAGGAUAUCAAGGAAGCCAUCGAAGAGGUGAAGACCAGAACAAUCCGAUCGCCUUACACUCCUGAUGAGCCAGCAGAACCGAUCUGGGUGAUGCGGCAAGACGUUAGUCCCACGGCAGAAUGUGAAAUCCAAAUGGUAAUGGAAGGAGAUCAAUCAGUCUCCCCUGGGUCGUCAUCUCCCCGUGGAGCAGAGUCAUCCAUGACGCAACCUGGAACAGACGUUCAUGAUGCAGCAGAGACGGCAGCAAAUCGAGAGUCAAGAAAAGCUUUGGCCUCCUUUCCCACCUAUGUUGAAGUCCCCGGACCUUGCGACCCAGAGGAUCUAAUCGAUGGCAUCAUCUUUGCGGCCAAUUACCUGGGCUCUACCCAGCUGCUGUCCGACAAAACCCCGUCCAAAAACGUGCGGAUGAUGCAGGCCCAAGAAGCCGUCAGCAGAAUCAAGAUGGCCCAGAAAAUGGCCAAAAACAGGAAGAAGGCACCUGAAGGGGAGCCACAACCUAUGACGGAAGUGGACCUCUUCAUUUCAACACAGAGGAUUAAGGUUCUCAACGCCGAUUCGCAGGAGACUAUGAUGGACCAUCCCUUGAGGACCAUUUCGUACAUAGCGGAUAUUGGGAACAUCGUGGUGUUGAUGGCACGUCGGCGCAUGCCUCGAUCCAAUUCCCAGGACAGCGUUGAAGCCUCCCACCCUUCCCAGGAUGGGAAGAGGCAGUACAAGAUGAUCUGCCAUGUCUUUGAAUCGGAGGACGCUCAACUGAUAGCCCAAUCCAUAGGACAAGCAUUUAGUGUCGCCUACCAGGAAUUCCUGAGGGCAAACGGGAUUAAUCCAGAGGACCUGAGCCAGAAGGAAUACAGCGACCUCCUCAAUACUCAGGACAUGUACAAUGACGACUUGAUUCAUUUCUCCAAAUCGGAAAACUGCAAAGAAGUUCAUGUUGAGAAGCAGAAAGGUGAAAUACUGGGCCUGGUGAUCGUUGAGUCAGGCUGGGGCUCCAUCCUUCCAACUGUGAUCAUCGCAAACAUCAUGCAUGCAGGGCCUGCAGAGAAGUCUGGAAAACUGAACAUUGGAGACCAGAUAAUGUCCAUCAAUGGCACCAGCCUUGUGGGGCUACCAUUAUCCACCUGUCAGAGCAUCAUCAAGGGAUUGAAGAGCCAAGCUCGGGUCAAGUUGAACAUUGUGCGAUGUCCUCCAGUCACUACGGUACUGAUAAGGAGACCAGACCUGCGCUAUCAGCUGGGCUUCAGUGUACAGAAUGGCAUUAUCUGUAGCCUUAUGCGUGGAGGGAUCGCAGAGCGUGGAGGAGUGAGAGUUGGCCACCGCAUUAUAGAAAUCAAUGGGCAAAGUGUUGUCGCAACACCUCACGAGAAGAUAGUCCAUGUUUUGUCCAAUGCAGUUGGUGAGAUUCACAUGAAGACAAUGCCUGCAGCCAUGUAUAGACUGCUGACAGCUCAAGAGCAGCCUGUUUACAUCUGAAAGGACUACACCCCCUGCCCCAGUGUGCACAGUGGAAGUGUCUGUGUGGUUUGGUUGUGUUGAUCAUUGCUGCAUUUGUGCAGCUGCAGAAACUACCAUUUUUUUUUAAACGUGCUUUGUUUGACAACAAAAUCUGUAAAAAAAA